CUCGCUCUAUUUUGGAUCGAUCUUCGGAGCGGUGUACCUUGGUGUACUCUCUUUCUGGGUUGUUUGCUGACCAGAUGUUGACUUCCAUAAAAUGGGGCACUCAGUCUUUCUCAAGGCCAUUCAACAUCCUCGAAACGUACCAUGCCUUCUCGACACAUUCUUACUCUCCUGGGUCCCGCAUGGGGCCAUGUGCUGCCUUACAUUCACCUUACGACUCGGAUGUUGGCCUCGGAUCCGGAGUUGGUCAUAACCAUAGUACAGCACAACGUGUUCGUGCCAAGAAUGUUCAAAGAGCUCGACUCCUGCUCGUAUGAUACUAGCAGGUUGAAGAUCGAGGGUGUAGGCGACAAGGACUUGGCAGUUUCGCUCGAGACCAUUCCGCUGACAAUGAGAGAGCUCACAGCGGGAUGGCUUUCGAUCCUCGCGAAAUCAGUCAUCGGAGGAACCGCGUGGCCCAAGCCGAACACAUUACAUAUGGAUUUCAGCGGAGGAGGGCUGAUCAUCAAAGAGUCGAGGGCUUUGUUGGGACCGGAAGGAAAGGUUCUUCUCUGGUGCUCCACUGGGGUUGCAGUCUGCAUGGAUCACUUCAGCGAAUUCGAUCACGCCAAGACCGCGCGCGAGAUCUACGCCGACGAGGGCAGACGGGCUGGAAGAACGAUGGAUGAGAUCAUUGCCGACGUCUUCUGCGCCGGCAAUGGCAGCGACAAACUCGAUGGCCGAAUCCUCGAGAUCGCCGGAGGCCUCAAGAUAUAUGAUCACGAGCACAUAGCGCAGGGCGCUGGCUCACCCCGCCGCUUGGCCGCUGUUCUGACCGCCGCCCAAGAACUGGCUCAGCUGUCCGACGGCUUCUUUUGCCCCACCAGCAACGCUUUGGAGCCUGUUUCGGUUCCUUACGCUCGCGAUUAUUAUAAGCAGCGCGGCAAAGAGCUGUUCCUCGUUGGUCCCCAGAUGCACGAUGAUGAGUGGGAGGCACCUGCAGCGGGAUCCGGUCCCAAAGAUGAGAGGAUCAAACAAUUCCUGGAGGAUGCAAACAAGAAGUAUGGCCCGAAAUCGGUGCUGUAUAUCUCUUUCGGCUCGGUGUUUUUCCCUCUGGAGACACCCCAUCUGGUCGAGAUGCUGAUCGAAGUUCUGCUGGGUCUCGAAAGCGUGGUCCCUUUUGUCUUUGUCGUCGCCGGGGUUAUGGCUUCCCUGCCAAAAGAGACGAUCGAUCGCAUUCACGCCAGCGGUAGAGGAAUCGUCUGCACCGAUUGGGUGGAUCAGAAAGCUAUCUUGAAAAGUGGAUCCAUCGGCUGGUUUUUGACCCACGGCGGUUACAACUCGUUGACUGAGUCGCUGAGUCAAGGGAUUCCACUCAUUUUCUGGCCAGUCGGAGCCGAACAAGCUCUCAAUGCGGCGAUGUUUUCGACGGGUCCUCGGCCCAUCGGAAUCGAGCUUUUCCAGAUUCGAGCCGGAACUCAACUGGGCCCUUCCCUCCGUCCAGAGGCACCGAAGAUCACAGGAACAGCUGAGGACGCAAAGAUUGAAUUCCAGCAGGCAUUCAGGGACCUCAAAGGGCCCAGAGGUGCCACCCUGAAGCAGAAUGCCGUUCGUAUCGCAGAGUUGUGGCGGGAGGAGAGAAUCGACGGGGAACCUGUGCAGGAAAUUGCAAGGCUUACCAGGUUUUAGGAAGUAGAUUUACUGCGUUGUUCCACAUGAGACUGCAGAAGGCCAUGAAGGAUGAUUUAGAGAGAUUCAUAUCUGCUACAUAUGAACAUUACAUUCGGACUACGUGUACUUGGAUCACGUGCAUGGUUUCCAUUCUCUGUUCCACAAUGACAAGCAAACAGGAUCCACUUCAUUCUCGACCGGGCACUGACAGUAUCUACACACAAACUAAAAAGUACGUAUUUCUCGGCUCAAAACACGGCUCGCUAUCAUCCCCUGGUUACUGACUAGGAGCGGCCUGUUGGGCGGAAGAGGUCGCCGUCGGUUCACCGCUCGUGCUGCACACGCCGAAAUCACACGGCGACCGACAGUGGUCCGCGACCGAGAUCAGACCCUCACAACAGUCGAGCCAGCGGCAUCCCUGGUUG